AUGACCCAAAAGGGCUUCAAGGUUGCUCGUGCAGUUCUUUCAAGAACGCCAGAGGAAGCCAAGCGCCGAGUUCUGAAUCUUUAUCGCGCUUGGUAUCGUCAGUUACCCUUCAUUGUAAAGGAGUACGGUUACACUUACGUGUCAGCAAAUGUUCCGGCACUUCAGAAAAAAUUACGAGAAGAAUUUAUGAAAAAUAAAGAUGUGAAGGACAUCCGUAUUAUUGAUCUUCUCGUACAUCGAGGUCAAAUGGAUUUGCUUGAAGCUUCUCAUAUGUUUUGCUCGGACACACAUAUCAUGCAGUACUUCGACGAAACAGCUACAGAAAAGCCCAAAGACUUUCUUAGCAAAUUCCUUUCAAAUCAGUAG